GGUUCUAGGGCGCGUACGAAGUCUUUUCUCCAUCCCGAUCCCGCCUGACCGCCCCGCUCCCAGCUCGCCUCUUGCAGACUCAAGGUUGGGGGACUGAGUUUUCCGGGGUUCUGCAGCCGAGUUCCCGCCAGAGAUGCCUGGAAAGAAAGCGCGUAAGAACGCGCAGCCGAGCCCUACGCGGGCCCCGGCAGAGGCCGAAGUUGAGUGUGCUCUUCAGUUAAGGAGAAUUGGAGACAAACUGAAUUUCCGGCAGAAACUUCUAAAUCUGAUAUCCAAGCUCUUCCACCUAGGAACCUGACUGCUUCAGAAGCCUUCUAAGGAGGAGACUUCUUUCAAACAGGAUUCGCCACAUUUCCUCUGUUGCAGGAGGGAUUGCCUUAUUAUAGAGAAGAAUGCGAAGGAGCUCUCAGUUGCUUUCUGAUGCCCUUGUUAAAUGAAGACAGAAUUCGUCUCAGAAGUCAUUCUUUGGGAUGUCUGACCAUUAUAAAAAAACUGCUUCGUUUAUUUUAAAGCAAGGAUGGAGGAGCAUUGACAAUAUGGAAUGAAUUGUUUAUAGAUUUUGUUUCUGCUUAGAGAAUUGUUCUGUUACUUUUGGGAAGGUUGAUGUCCAGCCUAGUGUAAGAGGAGUUCAUAAAUGACUGGCGUGUGGGUGGGGGCCAAGAAAUGGAGUAUGUUGGGUGUUUGUCUACUUUGGGUGACAGCUCCAGGACGAUGUAUACUAUUGGGCUGAUACAUAUUAUCUUGUUCACAGUAAACAUUUCAUGGGAGAACACUGACUGUCACAGUGAAUGUUGAUGUGAUAGGUCACUACAACGUGUAAAAUAAUUAUGUAAUUUGUUUCUUUUGACUCAAAAUGUAUUGCUUCUGUUCAAAUAACCUUUCAUGAAGUGUUUUCCUUUUGGGUUGAAUAGGAAAGUGUGUAAUUUGAAAAAAUUUGACCAAAGUGUUACUUGAUGCCAGUAAAAUUCUCACAGGUUCAAUAUUAAAAGAUAAAAAGCAUGGGGAUAUUGGAUAACCAUGGUGAAUUUAAAAAAGUGAAUUGGACUUUUUACUGCUAUAAUUAACUUAGUAAAACAAAUCUUCAAAAGUAACUAAGAAAAUGUUUCUGAAGAAGUUUCUAGAAUCUGUAAAAUGCUGUUUUUCAUACUCAUCAGUGUGUACUGUAUAAAAACUGGGUUUUUUUAAGAGAAAUUAAGCACGUCUUCAUAAUUGGGGUACACUUUAAAAGAUGUUUAUGUUUACUUACAGUUUACAUUCAGUUUUAUUUUGUAUUAGUUUCAGGUGUAUAUGAUAUACUUUUUUUAAAAAAGAGUAAUAGAUAGAUCCCAUAUAUAUACAUGAGAUUUUCAUUCUGGGUAAGGAGUAUAUAUAAAAUUUGCAUUAAAGUAAAAUGUAGAUUUAGAGAAGGGUUUCAGUCAUUUCAUUUUUUAAAAAGAAAGUCCCCAGAUAUAUAUUACAACAUGAUUGCAUUUCAACAAGAAUAAUCUUAUUUAUUUUACCUAUUUAUAAUUAAAAUAUUUUUUGUUAAGUUUAAAAAUUUCUAGUAGUUACAGUUUCAGGUCAUGAAACAAAGUUUUUGUUAUUUUUUAAAGACGUGUUUUAUAACUACUUGAACUUCUACGUUAAGAAUGUUUUAAUAUAGGCCAGUGAUUUUCAACCUUUUCCAUUUCAUGGCUCACAUAAACUAAUGACCAAAAUGACUAAAUGACUAAUGACUGUAGCACAUCCAAAAAUACAUAUUUUUUGCUGAUCUGACAAAAAAAAUAGGUAUACUUUUGAGUCAUUCAACUGGACAGCUAUUGUUGUGUGGGCUGUUGUAAUUUUUUUACUUGACAAUCUGAGGGAA